AUGUCACAGCCCGGAGGCCAAGAUAGCCAAUUAAUAAUACCCGAUGGAUCAGCUCGUCUAGAAACAAAUUACUUACUACAGACUCAUGAUGAUCCACCAGCUUAUAUUGUGAUAAAAACUCACGGAUGGAGAACUGGACCCUCUGAAAUAUUAGCUCAGCUAGCAGACCCUGCGUUGGCCGAUCAAGUUGAUCCAAACACUUAUAAGUUUAGGAUAUUUAUUGAAAUGGAGACAGGAGAUGAGAGAUAUAGUGGAAAGGUCAAUUGUGGGAUGUGGGUUGGUAGUGGGAUGAGGAAGGGAGCAGAAGUUGUUUAUGAGUGA